GUCCAAUAGUGUAUUCAGACGAGGAAAGUGAUGAGGAAUAUGGUGUUCCCAGACCUCAAGAAAAGCCUGCUAGCCAGCCAAUUCCUUCGGCAGUUCCUUCUGUAGUGGCUGCAGAUAAAUCUCCGCUUAAACCUGAAGAUAAACAUAAACCAUUUGAUUUGAAAGACGAUAAACCAUUUCACUUGAAAGAGGAAAAGGUCCCAGCUAAACCUGAGGGCAAACCCAAGUCUCCUCUUGACUUAGUUAAGCCAAGUCCAAUAGUGUAUUCAGACGAGAAAAGUGAUGAGGAAUGUGGUGUUCCCAGACCCCAAGAAAAGCCCGCUAGCCAGGCAAUUCCUUCUGGUGUGCCUGCAGAUAAAUCCCCACUUAAAGCUGAACAUAAACCGAAACUAGUUGACUUGAAAGACACAUCCGCUACCCCAUCAGUUUCUGUACCCUCUCAUUCUGUUGAAAGUUCACACGAAUCUCCAUUUAAAUCUGUUGAAGAGCGCAAAGUUUCCAAAGAUGAUGAGUCAAUGGUCUCGUCAUACACCGAUGAAAACAGAUCCGUUCAGCAGAUUGUGGAGGACACUUUGAGAGCAGGUGAUGCUGAGGUAUUAAAAAUCGUAAACGAAACACUGAAGAGUGCGCAGGUACAUCGUCACUUGGGCCAUGUGAUGGAUCAAUUCGAAUCAGAGGACGAGCGUUCGGUAGAGCAGAUUGUAGAAGAGACUUUGAAGAGUGUGAAGGUGGAUUCAGUAGCGCCUAGGGAGGAAACGGUGUCUCCCAAUAAAGUUGAGGAGGCCGAACCCAAAGAAGUUCGUCCUAUUGCAUAUUUUGUGAAUCUAGAUGAUGAGCAGAAGGUGGCAGGGGCCGCUAAGAAAACACUUGUCAAAACGCAGCAGAAAAAGGUAGUAGCCAAGGUGGAGACAGCAAAGGGGAGAACAGUAAGGGAAACGUCAGCAAAAUCAACAGCAAGAAGUUCCAUCAGCAGGAGGACUGUGGGGGAUAAAGAGAAACCAAAGUCAGAUAUGAAAACUCAUUCCUCAACGCAACCCAAACAAAAGAAAACAAUUGCAAAGCAAACCGUGACCCGGAAGACAUCUGCCGCCGAGAAAGUGCCGAAAGUGGCAGCCAAAAGUGAGUCGAGAAGAUCGGUGACGAGCUCCGUUUCGACUACAAGCUCAGCCUCUGCCACAAGCCGAGUGAUAAGCGAGUUACACUUCGAGCGAUCUGCGAGUCCCGCAUCCAGUUCCAUAUUCUACGAGAGCCACCCGCAAGGCGAGGGCAGUCGCUCAUCCACGCCCAGGCCAAGAGUGAAGACAGAUGUCACACGCAUACCCUACACCGCCUCAAUUCGAUCGUUGAGCCCCACAUCCAAGUCCACGAAGACAGCCACAGCCAGAGUAACAGCUGCAGCUACAAAGAAAACUAAGACGACGACUACCACUCGCGCCAGCAAAGAGCUUACAGGAAAGACUGCCAGCAAAAUCGGCAGCCAGGAGCAUGUGGAGACGAGGAGACUGAUAACCCCAACGCCCAUUGCCACACACAGAUAUAUGCAGCCCACUCUGUCCCACAACAUGCGAUAUGGAUUGAGCGGCGAUGCCGAGGGCCAGCGGGUCUCUCCGGUGCCAGCAAAGUCCCCAGCACCACCGAAAUCGCCGGCACCGCCUCAGACCAAGAGUACUUACAGAACCCAGACCAGUGUGACAAGUGCCUUCACAAAGUCCACAUAUUUGGAACGGAAGCAGAACAAGUCCAUUGGCGAGAAGGUGCAGCCCAAGCGGGGUGACAGCAAGGAGUCGCUGAAGAGCACCGAACGCCUGUACAAGAGACAGACCUCCAAGGAGAAUAAGCUAAUACACGUGAUAGGCUCCCAAAGCCAAGCAACCAAAAGCAUGAAGACACAAUCAGCUAGUGUAACCAAGACCAUUGCCCAAAGAACUUCCAUAGAAACCGACAACAGACAUGCGGUGGCCAGCCUUCAAAAGAAGAAGGCCCCGCCAGCCUCAGCCUCAGCCACUAUACAGCGCACCAAAGUUCCAGUUAGCGCGUCGUCUUCCAUGACAAGGACUGCAGCAGCAAAGCUGACUGCCAAAAGUGAUGAAACCGCAAAGAAACCUCAGAUAGAAGUUAAGAAGACAGUAAAGCGUACGGCCAGCAGCAGCAGCAGCACGGCUGCCACCAGAACGGUGCAGAGCUCCAUUGAGCCGAAGCUGCAGAAGAAGAUGAAGGACAACAUGAAUGAAUCGAGCUCGAACAGUGGCAGUACCAGUGCCAGCGGCUCAUCGAAUAGCACUAGGCGCAGUGUGCGCUCGGUGACAGUCAGCCGUAAGACCGACAAGGAGAUGGCCAACCUAAAGCUGUCUUCGGAGAAGAAAAGAGAACCAUCAACAUCAUCCUCAGCAUCGGCUUCGGCUUCGGCAUCAACAUCGACUGUGCGUGUGCAUAGGGAACCGACUGCGACAACCGCCGCUGUUAGCACCGUGCUCGUUGAUGACGACUGUGAGGUGAUAACCAUACGAUCCAUUAAAUCAAGCGAUAGUACAAAAAGUUCUACCUCAUCAUCCUCCGGUAGCGGCAGCAACAGUCGCAAGGUGCUAACCAGCGAGGUUUUCACUAAGACCUUCGGCCCGGACAGGCCCCUAGAGGUGGUCUACCGGCAGCCCGAGUUCGAUGUAGAACACCACACCAUCAUGUCCGUGCGGCCGCCCUCCACGACCGAGCAGCAGCGGUGCAUAAACGAGUUUGAUGUUAGCUUUAUCGAUACCACCGAUUCCAGUCUUUCCGACUCCGUGGCACUGCCCAUGUUCGGCCCCGUCGAGCCGGAGCGCCUGCUGGCCGCCAGUCCCGGCUCUCCCAAGCCGACCCGUAGUCCCCUAGCCCUCGUCGAGGAGACUCUGCGGCGCCAGCAGCAGCACCAAUACCAUCACCAGCAGCAGCAACAGCAGCAUCACCACAGUGCCGUCGUGGCCGGGCCUGGGGCAGUCCUAGGCGCCGCUGCCCUGCACGUGGAGAGUGGCGGCAGCAUUGUGGUGGAGACUACUGAGGUGGAGAAGAGCAGCACAUCCAAAGCAAACACAAAAACAAGCAACUAA